AUGCUAAUCCUGAACUGUCCCGUCAAGUUGCAGCUACUAGAGGGUGUGCUGCGAAGGAGCCUGCCUCAAGCACUUCCGGUCUAUGGUACAGUGAUGCACAUCAACCGUGGAAACCCAGCUCAGCAUGAAGUGGUGGUGGACUCUUGGCCAGAAUUUAAGGCUGUUGUUACCCGCCCAUGUAAGGAGGUAGUGAAAGACAAGUGGGACUUCUAUGCCAACUUGCAUGCCAUUUUCUAUAGAGAUGUAGAUGCUUGUCGAGCAAUGCUGGAAAACGCAGAAGCCAUUGACUGGAGAAAGGCCUUUCAGCUGCAAGGCAUCCAAGAUGGGAUGUAUGAAGUAGCCAGGGAUAUUGCAGAAGCAAGACAUGUCCACCUGGAACCAUACCUCUACCAGACAUGUCUACAUCCAGGCCCACCUGCCUCCUUUCAGAGCCGGAUGAAAAGUGACUUACUCCACUUUGGUAUCCUCAACCCAUCUCAUGCAGCCAUACUCAAUGAAGUCUGGGACUUUGGAGGCAACAAUAGAAGUUUGUGUUACCUCGAGAGCCUGAUCCGUUACUUCCCUAAUGCCUGCCUCAUGAACAAAGAAGGGCAGCUGGUCUCCUGGAGCCUUAGUGAUCCAUUUGCUUGCAUGGCACAUGGCUAUACCUUCCCUCCGUACCGGGGACAGGGCUGCGUGCAAGCUGUGCUACAGUCGAUAUCUAGAAAACUGUAUGCUCGUGGGUUCCCAUUGUAUUGUGGAGUCCUGCCAGAGAACCAGCCUUCCAAGCAGGCAUUGAAGCACCAGGGCUUCCAUAUCCUCCUUGAGACAUAUUACAUGCUUAUUAUAACACCAGCCCUUGACCUCAAAGAAUAG